UUGGGGGGCAUGGCACCUGGCCACGACCUGGCCCUUCAUGGAGUGGGAGAAGAGAGGGGGUGGUGGGGAGCCCCUCAGGGAGAAAGGCUGCGGGCGCUUUCGGGGACCGAAUGUUGGCAUCAGGUCUCUCCACCCCCGCAGGAUCCCGGCGUGGGAGCGCGGCGCUCAGGAACAGGCGCGGGAGAGGAGAAGCACUGCCUCCGGGCACACCGCCACCGCAAUGGCUGCUUUUGGACACACAUUCCCCUUCUACACCGGCCCCAAGCCAACCUUCCCGAUGGACACCACCCUGGCCGUCAUCAUCACCAUCUUUCUGACUGCCUUGGUCACCUUUAUCGUCAUCCUGCCUGGCAUUCGGGGCAAGACGAGGCUCUUCUGGCUGCUGCGGGUGGUGACCAGCUUGUUCAUCGGGGCUGUGACCCUGGCCGUGAAUUUCAGCUCUGAGUGGUCAGUGGCCCAGGUCAGCACGGACACCACCUACAAAGCCUUCAGCCCCGAGCGGAUCAGCGCCGAUGUGGGGCUGCAGGUCGGCCUGGGAGGGGUCAACAUCACGCUCACAGGGACCCCAGUGCACCAGCUGAAUGAGACCAUAGCGUACAAUGAGGAGUUCACUUGGCACCUGGGCAAAGACUAUGCCGAGGAGUACGCAAGGGCCCUGAGGAAGGGGCUGCCAGACCCUGUCCUGUACCUGGCCGAGAAGUUCACUCCGCACAGCCCAUGUGGCCUGUACAACCGGUACCGCCUGGCAGGACACUAUGCCUCCGCCAUGCUGUGGGUCGCCUUCCUCUGCUGGCUGCUGGCCAACGUGAUGCUGUCCAUGCCCGUGCUGCUCUAUGGCGGCCACAUGCUGCUGGCCACGGGCACCUUCCAGCUGCUGGCGCUGUUCUUCUUCUCCACGGCCACGUUGCUCACACCGCCCUGUCCCCUGCACCUGGGCACGGUGGAGCUGCACACCCACCUCGGGCCUGCCUUCUGGAUCACACUGGCCACAGGACUGCUGUGCUUGCUGCUGGGCCUGCUCAUGGCGCUGGCCCACAGGAUGCAGCCCCACAGGCUGAAGGCCUUCUUCAACCAGAGCCCGGAGGACCCCAAGCUCGAGUGGAAUCCCGAGGAAGGGGGGCUACUGAGUCCGCGCUAUCGGUCCAUGGCUGAGAGCCCUGCGCCCCCAGACAUUCCUCUCUCGCCGGCUUCCUCAGAGGCCUGCUGUCGGGAGGAGCCCCCCAGAGAGCCCAACUGUGCCCUCUAGUCCCUGUCUCGAUAGGCGCCUUCUCAUGGAGCUCCACAAAGGCACCAAGCCGCUGAGCGCCGGCUGGAGCUGCAGCAGAUCCUCAGCUCCCAGAGCAGGUGGGAGAGUUAAAGGAGGCCUCACCUCCUGAUGCCAGAGAGAACCAACCCAGAAGCCCUUCGGUGCCCUGGAACCCCUAAAGCCGCAAGCCUGUUUCUGCCCAGCACCCUCCUCUUUCCCGGGUGCUGGGCCUCCUCUGGGUGCCAUUUGCUGAGACCCAGCACUGCUCAGACAUAAGUCACAGUGCGAUUCUCCCACAGACCUGACCCUGUGCACCCCUUGGGGGGCGUGUGUGUGUGUGUGUGUGUGUGUGUGUGUGUGUGUGUGUGUGUCCUCUUGGUCUGCACUGGACGAGACCACCAGCCAGCUCAUCCCAGCUCCAGCAUUAACCAGCCGUGCCACAUUCUCUUUGAUCUUCAGGUCCCAAAUAUACUCCGUAAGACUGUAGGAUCUGCCAUGACCUUUAAGAAAAUAAAGUCCUCAAUUUAU